UUGGGCUGCUCAGCCAGCCUGGAGAGAAGGCUGGAGAAGGAACCAUGUCUUCUGAAUGUUUCUGUCUGGCUGCUCAAGCUAGGUUUGACUCCAAAUGGUUGAAGACAGACUUACAGCUCGCUUUUACACGAGAUGGACUAUGUGGCUUGUGGAAUGAAAUGGUAAAAGAUGGGGAGAUUGUAUAUCCUGGAACAGAGUUAACACAAAGUGGUGAACUACCUCCAAGAAAAGAUGAUAGCACUGAAUGCCAAACUGCAUCAAAGAAAGAAGAGCAAAAUGACAAAGAAAAGAAAGAUGAAGAAGAGACUCCGCUGCCCACUUACAGGGCCAAAUCAAUUGUUGAGAGUUGGGUGUGGGGCAAACAACCAGACGUGAAUGAAUUGAAGGAGUGCCUUCAUGUACUAGUGAAGGAACAGCAAACUCUGGCCACACAAACUGCUACAACAGCUCUUUCAGCUAUGAGACUAAAGCAGAGGCUAGUUAUCCUGGAACGAUAUUUCAUUGCAUUGAACAGAACAGUUCUUCAGGAGAAUGUCAAAGUUAAGUGGAAAAGCAGUAGUAUUCCUCUGCCUGCCCUGGAUAAGAAAAGCCCAAGACCUGUAGGCAAAGGUGUAGAAGGACUUGCACGAGUUGGAUCCCGAGCAGCACUUUCAUUUGCAUUUGCGUUCCUUCGUAGAGCCUGGAGGUCAGGUGAAGAUGCAGACCUGUGCAGUGAAUUGUUACAGGAAUCACUUGAUGCACUACGAGCUCUACCAGAGGCGUCCCUUUUUGAUGAAGGGACUGUAUCUUCUGUAUGGCUGGAAGUGGUGGAAAGAGCUACUAAAUUCCUAAGGUCUGUUGUGACUGGAGAUGUGCAUGGAGCUCCCAGUACCAAAGGGCCAGGAAACAUUCCGUUACAAGACCAGCACUUGGCACUUGCCAUAUUGCUAGAACUGGCAGUGCAGAGGGGUACACUAAGCCAAAUGUUGUCUGCAGUAAUGUUGUUGCUUCAACUUUGGGAUAAUGGAACGAGGGAAACAGAUAAUGAGCGAUCUGCACAGGGAACAAGUGCACCCCUUCUACCUUUGCUACAAAGAUUUCAGAGUAUAAUAUGUAAUAAAGACAUGCCCAAUACUGAGGAAGAGAUUCAGCUCCUGACUUACCCUUUAAGUCCAAAUGAGAGUUUUCUAAGGUAUCUGACUUUACCACAGGACAAUGAGCUAGCAAUUGAUCUGAGACAAACAGCUGUAGUGAUCAUGGCCCAUUUAGAUCGUCUAGCCACCCCAUGUAUGCCUCCACAGUGUAGCUCGCCUACAUCUCAUAAGGGAUCUCUGCAAGAGGUCAUUGCUUGGGGUUUAAUAGGUUGGAAAUAUUAUGCUAAUGUGAGUGGCCCAAUUCAAUGUGAAGGACUUGCCAAUCUUGGCGUUGUGCAGGUUGCCUGUGCAGAGAAACGUUUUCUAAUACUAUCUAGGAACGGACGAGUUUAUACACAAGCGUACAACAGCGAUACUCUGGGACCACAGCUGGUGCAGAGUCUAGCUUCCAGAAAUAUUGUGAAGAUAGCGGCGCAUUCAGAUGGGCAUCACUAUCUUGCUUUGUCAGCAAAUGGUGAAGUUUUCUCUUGGGGUUGUGGAGAUGGUGGAAGACUAGGCCAUGGGGAUACAGUCCCUCUGGAGGAACCGAAGAUGAUAUCUGCUUUAUCUGGAAAGCAAGCUGGGAAACAUGUUGUUCAUAUUGCAUGUGGAAGCACCUAUAGUGCAGCCAUUACUGCUGAAGGAGAGCUAUAUACAUGGGGACGAGGAAACUAUGGCAGGCUUGGUCAUGGUUCCAGUGAAGAUCAGACCAUCCCAAUGCUGGUUACGGGCCUAAAAGGACUCAAAGUUAUUGAUGUGUCCUGUGGGAGUGGAGAUGCUCAGACUCUUGCAGUUACUGAAAAUGGCCAAGUGUGGUCUUGGGGUGAUGGAGAUUAUGGAAAACUGGGAAGGGGAGGCAGUGAUGGUUGCAAGACUCCCAAGUUGAUAGAAAAACUUCAAGAUCUGGACAUUGUGAAAGUACGCUGCGGGAGUCAGUUUUCUAUUGCUCUAACCAAAGAUGGCCAGGUCUACACCUGGGGAAAAGGUGACAAUCAGAGACUUGGGCAUGGAACGGAAGAGCAUGUUCGAUAUCCCAAACUGCUGGAAGGCUUGAAAGGAAAAAAAGUGAUAGAUGUAGCAGCUGGAUCUACCCAUUGUUUAGCACUGACUGAAGAUAGUGAAGUACAUAGCUGGGGAAGCAAUGAUCAGUGUCAACAUUUUGAUACUUUGCGGAUCACCAAACCAGAGCCCACAGCUCUCCCAGGAUUAGACACGAAGCAUAUCGUUGGAAUUGCUUGUGGGCCUGCUCAGAGUUUUGCUUGGUCAUCGUGUUCAGAAUGGUCAAUAGGCUUGCGGGUGCCUUUUGUGGUGGAUGUUUGCCCCAUGACAUUUGAGCAGCUAGAUCUUUUACUAAGACAAGUGACAGAGGGAAUGGAUGGCUCCUCUGACUGGCCCCCUCCUCAGGAAAAGGAGUGUAUGGCUGUGGCAACAUUAAACCUUCUAAGGCUUCAGCUUCAUGCUGCCAUUAGUCAUCAGGUGGAUCCGGAAUGCCUUGGCUUAGGUUUAGGCAGUAUACUGCUCAAUAGCCUGAAGCAGACAGUGGUAACAUUAGCAAGCAAUGCUGGUGUCCUUAAUACCGUGCAAUCGGCUGCUCAAGCAGUGCUGCAGAGUGGAUGGUCUGUGUUACUGCCAACAGCAGAAGAGCGGGCUAGGGCGCUCUCAGCGCUCUUACCCAGUGCAGUUUCAGGAAAUGAAAUGAAUGUAAGUCCAGGCCGUAGAUUUAUGAUUGACCUCUUGGUGGGCAGCUUGAUGGCUGAUGGAGGCUUAGAGUCUGCACUAAAUGCUGCUAUUACUGCAGAAAUUCAGGAUAUUGAAGCAAAAAAAGAAGCACAGAAGGAAAAAGAAAUUGAUGAACAAGAAGCAAAUGCAUCAACGCUUCAUAGGAGCAGGACUCCAUUGGACAAAGACCUUAUUAAUACUGGAAUCUAUGAAUCUGCAGGAAAACAAAGUUUACCAUUAGUUCAGUUAAUUCAGCAGUUACUAAGGAACAUCGCUUCACAGACGAUAGCCAAACUAAAAGAUGUUGCUCGUCGCAUUUCUUCCUGCAUGGACCAUGAACAUUACAGCAAAGAGAGAUCUGCUUCUCUGGACCUGUUGCUCCGUUUUCAGCAUCUACUUGUUAGUAAACUUUACCCAGGAGAUUGUGUUGGGCAGGUCCCUAAUACAUACAGUCCUGACCUCUUGGGCGUUGGCUCUUUACUGAAGAAAUACACUGCUCUUCUGUGCACGCACAUUGGUGAUAUACUUCCUGUGGCAACCAGCAUUGCUUCUACUAGUCACAGGCAUUUUGCAGAAGUAUCUCGUGUCGUGGAUGGAGAUUUAACAGGCAUUCUUCUUCCAGAAUUGGUGGUUUCUGUAGUGCUGCUCCUCAGUAAAAAUGCUGGAUUAAUGCAGGAAGCUGGUGCUAUCCCUCUGUUGGCUGGCUUGCUAGAACAUCUAGACAGAUUUAACCAUUUAGCCCCUGGAAAGGAAAGGGAUGACAAUGAGGAUUUAGCAUGGCCAGGAAUAAUGGGUUCAUUUUUUACUGGCCAGAGUUGCAGAAAUAAUGAGGAGGUGACACUUAUACGUAAAGCUGAUCUAGAGAACCACAACAAAGAUGGAGGAUUCUGGACGGUGAUUGAUGGGAAAGUGUAUGAUAUAAAGGACUUCCAAACCCAGUCUUUAACUGGCAGUAGUAUACUUGCUCAGUUUGCAGGUGAGGACCCAGUUGUUGCUUUGGAAGCUGCUUUGCAAUUUGAGGACACGCGGGAGUCAAUGCAUGCCUUCUGUGUUGGCCAGUAUAUGGAGCCUGACCAGGAGGUGAUUACAACACCGGAUCUCAGUACUUUGUCAUCACCUCUAAUAGACACAGAAAGGAAUUUGGGUCUUCUCCUUGGACUGCACGCUUCCUACCUGGCAAUGAGCACACCACUUUCUCCUCUGGAAAUUGAAUGUGCCAAAUGGUUGAAGUCAUCUAUCUUUUCUGGAGGCUUGCAAACUAGUCAAAUUCAUUACAGUUACAAUGAGGAAAAAGAUGAAGACCAUUGCAGUUCACCUGGUAAUACUACCCCAAAUAAAUCAAAACUAUAUACACAUCGAUUAUCUUUGAGUGACCAUUCACAACCUUUUCUCCAAGCUAUUGCGGAUAAUAAUAUUCAGGAUCACACUGUGAAGGACUUCUUGUGUCAAAUAGAGAGAUACUGUAAACAGUGUCACUUAACAACACCAAUCACAUUCCCUCCUGAGCAUCCUGUGGAAGAAGUAGGACGUUUGUUGUUAUGCUGUCUUCUGAAGCAUGAAGAUUUGGGUCACGUAGCGCUGUCUCUUGUUCAUCCUGGUACCCUUGGAGUUGACCAGGUGAAGCACAAAGCCUUACCAAAAUCUGUAGUGGAUGUGUGUCGUGUUGUCUACCAAGCAAAAUGCUCACUGAUUAAGACCCAUCAAGAACAAGGACGUUCUUACAAGGAAGUUUGUGCUCCUGUCAUUGAACGUUUGAGAUUCUUAUUCAAUGAACUACGUCCUGCAGUUUGCAAUGAUCUAUCUAUAAUGUCUAAAUUUAAACUUCUGAGUUCCUUGCCCCGAUGGCGGAGGGUAGCUCAGAAAAUAAUUAGAGAAAAAAGGAAAAAAAGAGUGCCAAAAAAAUCUGAAUCUGCUGAUGUGGAAGAAUCCAAAAUUGGAAACGAAGAGAGUGAUUUAGAAGAAUCCUGUAUGGUACCUCACAGUCCUGUACCUAUAGAUAAAAGGCCCAUACCAAUCAAAUCACCCAAGGAUAAGUGGCAGCCACUUCUGAGUACAGUUACAGGUGUCCACAAAUACAAAUGGCUGAAGCAAAAUGUCCAAGGCUUGUAUCCACAGUCUGCCCUCCUUAACACCAUUGUUGAAUUUGCACUUAAAGAAGAGCCGGUGGAUGUAGAAAAAAUGAGAAAAUGUUUAUUAAAACAGUUGGAAAGAGCAGAAGUUCGUCUGGAAGGAAUAGAUACUAUUCUGAAAUUGGCAGCAAAAAAUUUUUUGCUCCCAUCUGUGCAGUAUGCAAUGUUCUGUGGAUGGCAGAGGCUUAUUCCAGAAGGAGCCAAUAUAGGGGAACCUCUUACCGACUGCUUGAAGGAUGUUGAUCUGAUCCCACCAUUUAACAGAAUGCUUCUAGAAGUAACUUUUGGAAAGUUGUAUGCGUGGGCUAUACAGAAUGUCCGGAACAUCUUGCUAGAUGCUAAUGCAAAAUUUAAAGAACUAGGUGUGCAGCCUGUUCCUCUACAGACAAUUACUAACGAGAACCCAGCAGGACCAAGUCUUGGGACUAUUCCACAAGCACGUUUUCUGCUGGUUAUGCUCAACAUGUUGACGCUGCAGCAUGGUGCUAAUACCUUGAGCCUCCUCCUUAAUUCUGGCAUGCUAGCAUUGACACAAACAACGCUGCGACUGAUAGGACCUAGUUCUGACAACAUUGAAGAAGAUAUGAUUGCCUCUUCUCGUGGAGCUUCUGCCACAGUCCUAGAAGAGUCGAGAAAGGAAACUACACCUGUUCAGCUCCCUGUUUCUGGACCGGAGCUGGCAGCCAUGAUGAAAAUUGGUACCAGAGUGGUGAGAGGGGUAGACUGGAAAUGGGGUGAUCAGGAUGGACCCCCUCCAGGUUUGGGUCGUGUGAUUGGAGAAUUGGGAGAAGAUGGCUGGAUUAGAGUGCAGUGGGACACCGGAAGCACAAAUUCUUACAGAAUGGGGAAGGAGGGAAAAUAUGAUCUCAAACUAGCUGAGCCACCGCCGGCAACGCAGCCCACAACAGAGGAUUCAGACACUGAGGAUGAUUCUGAAGGAGAACAAGUUGAAAGGAAUCUCCACCCUACUUCCAUGAUGCUGACAAGUACCGUGAACCUGUUGCAGACACUGUGUCUCUCUGCUGGCGUCCAUGCUGAAGUCAUGCAAAGUGAUGCUACUAGGACUUUGUGUGGUCUACUCCGUAUGCUCGUGGAGAGUGGAACAAUGGAUAAAUCAGCUUCCUUGCCAAAUAAAUUAGUUUAUAAAGAACAGCAUAGGAGUUGGUGCACGUUGGGAUUCAUUCGAAGUAUAGCACUCAUGCCUCAGAUGUGCAGCACUCUUAGUACAUCUCAGUGGAUAACUUUGCUAAUGAAAAUUGUUGAGGGGCAUGAAUCUUUCACUGCUGCUUCACUACAGAGACAGAUCCUUGCUGUACAUUUAUUGAAAGCAGUACUUCCAUCCUGGGAUAAAAAUGAAAGGUCAAGAGACAUGAAAUUUCUUGUGGAAAAACUGUUUGGAUUUUUAGGCAGCCUGCUUAGUACUUGUUCUUCAGAUAUCCCACUACUCAGAGAAUCUACUCUGAGAAGGAGAAAGGCCAGGCCCCAAGCAUCUCUAACUGCCACUCACAGUAGUACUUUAGCAGAAGAGAUAGUGGCACUGCUGAGGACGCUCCAUUCGCUCAGCCAGUGGAAUGGACUCAUAAACAAGUACAUCAACUCUCAGCUAACCUCCAUCACCCACAUCUUUGCAGGAAAACAGUCAGAAGGGGCUCUGUUGGAUGACUACUUUCCUGACACUGAGAAUCCAGAGGUGGGAGGCCUAAUGGCAGUGUUAGCAGUGAUUGGUGGCAUAGACAGUCGCUUGAGACUGGGUGGACAAGUAGUUCAUGAUGAAUUUGGAGAAGGCACAGUGACACGCAUUACCCCAAAAGGGAAAAUCACUGUACAGUUCUAUGACAUGCGAACAUGUAGAGUGUGCCCUCUGAAUCAGCUAAAACCACUUCCAGUUGUGGCUUUUAAUGUGAACAACUUGCCUUUCACUGAACCUAUGCUAUCCAUUUGGGCUCAACUUGUAAAUCUGGCUGGAAGUAAAAUAGAAAAACAAAGAAUGAAGUCUCCCAAUCAGGGUCUUUCAGGUACAGUUGGGGAGGAUGGAGCAGUUGCCUCUCCCGACAUAGGAGAUAUGUCUCCUGAAGGACCUCAGCCUCCCAUGAUUCUUUUACAGCAACUUUUGACAGCUGCUACGCAACCAUCACCUGUGAAAGCAAUAUUUGACAAACAAGAGCUUGAGGCUGCUGCUUUGGCAGUAUGCCAGUAUCUGGCUGUGGAGUCUACACAUCCUUCAACUCCAGUGUUUGAAGACUGCAGCUCUAGUGAAGCUACAACACCCAUCACAGUGCAACAUAUCCGACCCACAAAAGUGAAGAAACGCAAGCAAUCUCCAAUUCCACCCCUCCCCAUUGUAGUUCAACUUAUGGAAAUGGGAUUUCCUAGGAAAAACAUAGAAUUUGCACUAAAAUCUCUGUCUGGAACCUCUGGAAGUGCUUCUGGAUUACCAGGAGUGGAAGCCUUGGUUGGCUGGUUGUUGGAUCACCCUGAUGUUCAAAUUACGGAUCUUUCUGAUGCUGAUACUAUCUCUGAUGAAUAUUCAGAUGAGGAAAUGGCAGAGGAGGUGGAAGAAGCUGAAGCCGCUUGCCCUGUGUCAAGUGGUGCUGUUGUAACAGAGAGCCAGACCUAUAAGAAACGAGCUGAUUUCUUAAGUAAUGAUGACUAUGCUGUGUAUGUGAGGGAGAAUAUUCAGGUGGGGAUGAUGGUUAGGUGCUGCAGAACCUAUGAGGAGGUUUGUGAAGGAGAUGUAGGCAAAGUUAUUAAAUUGGAUCGAGAUGGAUUGCAUGACCUGAACGUACAGUGUGAUUGGCAACAAAAGGGUGGUACUUACUGGGUCAGAUAUAUCCAUGUUGAGCUUUUAGGAUUCCCACCGCAGAGUUCUGCCUCUCAUAUCAAGAUAGGUGACAAAGUGCGUGUGAAAAGCUCUGUUACCACACCCAAAUACAAAUGGGGAUCAGUUACUCACCGAAGUGUGGGAGUUGUCAAAGCUUUUAGUGCCAAUGGAAAAGAUGUCAUUGUAGACUUUCCUCAGCAGUCUCAUUGGACUGGCUUAUUGUCGGAAAUGGAACUGGUCCCCAGCAUUCAUCCUGGAGUCACGUGUGAUGGCUGUCAGAUGUUUCCUAUCAAUGGGCCUAGAUUCAAAUGCAGAAACUGUGAUGAUUUUGAUUUCUGUGAAACCUGUUUUAAAACCAGGAAGCAUAACACCCGACAUACUUUUGGCAGAAUAAAUGAACCAGGUCAGUCUCCGGUGUUUUGUGGGCGUUCUGGAAAGCAGCUGAAGAGACGGCAUAGUAGCCAGCGGGGAAUGUUACUGGAUGAUUGGUCAAGAAUAGUUAAGAAUUUGAAUGUCUCAUCCUCCGUGAAUCAGGCUUCACGUCUUAUUGAUGGUAGUGAGCAGUGCUGGCAGUCUUCUGGCUCACAAGGAAAGCACUGGAUUCGCUUGGAGAUUUUUCCAGAUGUUCUUGUUCACAGACUAAAGAUGAUAGUAGACCCUGCAGACAGCAGUUACAUGCCCUCUUUAGUUGUAGUUUCAGGGGGGAAUUCCUUAAAUAACCUUAUAGAGCUAAAGACAAUCAAUAUAAAUCCUACAGACACCACAGUGCCUCUUCUCAGUGAUUGUACAGAAUACCACAGGUAUAUUGAGAUUGCAAUCAAGCAGUGUAGAAGCUCUGGGAUUGAUUGCAAAAUACAUGGCCUCAGCAUACUGGGACGUAUACGUGCAGAGGAUGAAGAUUUGGCUGCAGUCCCUUUCCUUGCUUCUGAUAAUGAGGAAGAGGAUGACGAUAAAGCUAACACCGGGAGCCUUGUUAGAAAGAAGGCAGCUGGGCUCGAAUCAGCAGCUACAAUAAGAACCAAAGUUUUUGUUUGGGGACUGAAUGACAAAGACCAAUUGGGAGGGCUAAAAGGUUCCAAGAUAAAGGUCCCUUCCUUUUCUGAAACCCUAUCUGCCUUGAAUGUUGUACAAGUAGCUGGAGGAUCCAAAAGCCUUUUUGCAGUGACUGUAGAGGGUAAAGUAUAUGCCUGUGGAGAAGCUACAAAUGGAAGGCUGGGUUUAGGAAUAUCUAGUGGAACUGUGCCUAUUCCCCGCCAGAUUACAGCUCUCAGUAACUAUGUGGUAAAGAAGGUGGCUGUUCACUCAGGUGGCCGGCAUGCUAUGGCAUUAACUGUUGAUGGAAAAGUAUUUUCAUGGGGUGAAGGAGAUGAUGGAAAACUUGGUCACUUCAGUCGAAUGAACUGUGAUAAACCCAGAUUGAUAGAAGCGUUGAAAACCAAACGCAUCCGUGAUAUUGCUUGUGGCAGUUCCCACAGUGCUGCCAUUACCUCUAGUGGUGAACUGUAUACAUGGGGUCUUGGAGAAUAUGGAAGGCUAGGACAUGGAGAUAAUACCACACAGCUGAAGCCUAAGAUGGUUAAAGUGCUCCUUGGCUACAGAGUCAUUCAGGUUGCUUGUGGAAGCAGAGAUGCUCAGACUCUUGCUUUGACAGAUGAAGGUUUGGUAUUUUCUUGGGGUGAUGGCGAUUUUGGAAAACUGGGCCGAGGAGGAAGUGAAGGAUGCAACAUUCCUCAGAACAUUGAAAGACUGAACGGCCAAGGCGUUUGUCAGAUUGAGUGUGGUGCACAGUUCUCAUUGGCACUGACCAAGUCAGGAGUGGUAUGGACAUGGGGUAAGGGCGACUACUUCAGGCUAGGCCAUGGCACAGAUGUACAUGUACGAAAGCCACAAGUUGUGGAAGGACUGAGGGGUAAAAAGAUUGUGCACGUGGCUGUAGGUGCACUCCAUUGUCUAGCGGUUACUGACACUGGGCAGGUUUACGCUUGGGGUGACAAUGACCAUGGGCAACAAGGCAAUGGAACUACUACAGUCAAUAGAAAGCCCACCCUUGUCCAGGGCUUGGAAGGCCAGAAAAUCACCCGGGUUGCUUGUGGGUCUUCCCACAGUGUAGCAUGGACAACAGUGGAUGUAGCUACACCAUCUGUUCAUGAACCAGUACUUUUCCAGACAGCGAGGGACCCUUUAGGUGCUUCUUAUCUUGGUGUUCCUUCAGAUGCAGAUUCUUCUGCUGCCAGUAACAAAAUUAGUGGGGCAAACAGUUCCAAGCCGAAUCGCCCUUCCCUCGCUAAGAUUCUCCUGUCGCUUGAUGGGAAUGUUGGCAAACAGCAGGCAUUAUCUCAUAUACUGAUGGCAUUACAAAUCAUGUAUGCCAGGGAUGCAGUUGUUGGAGCAUUGAUGCCUGCAAGUAUGAUUGCACCAGUAGAAUGUCCCUCUUCAUCGCCAGCCCCCCCAUCAGAUGCUACUUCAACAGGAAGCCCUGCAAAUGGAGAUGAAUGCAUGCUUGUAGGAGAUAUAGAAGAGAGGCUGAGCCCAAACCCAUGGCAGGACAGGAGAGGGGAGGUUGUUUCUUCAGAAGAUGCUGUGACACCGUCUGCUGUAACUCCCUCAGCUGCUGCUGCCUCUUCCCGUCCUUUCAUUCCAGUCACAGAUGAUCCUGGAGCUGCCAGUAUCAUUGCAGAAACCAUGACAAAAACCAAAGAAGACGUAGAAAGUCAAAGUAAAGUAUCUGGCCCAGAACCGCAGUACUUGGAUGAGUUUACUAGUCUCUUAGUACCAGAUGACACACGAGUCAUGGUUGAUCUGCUAAAGCUUGCUGUGUCUAACCGAGCAGGUGAAAAGGGAAGAGAUGUUCUUUCAGCUGUGCUGUCUGGUAUGGGCACAGCUUACCCACAGGUUGCUGAUAUGUUGUUGGAGCUGUGUGUUACUGAACUAGAAGAUGUGGCAACUGAUUCACAAAGUGGUCGCCUCUCUUCGCAACCAGUUGUGGUAGAAAGCAGCCAUCCAUAUACUGAUGAUACAUCUUCUAGUGGCACAGUUAAAAUACCAGGUGCUGAGGGACUGAGGGUAGAAUUUGAUCGCCAGUGUUCUACAGAGCGGCGUCAUGAUCCACUCACCAUAAUGGAUGGUGUCAACAGAAUUGUUUCUGUCCGAUCAGGUCGUGAGUGGUCAGAUUGGUCUAGUGAAUUGCGAAUUCCAGGGGAUGAACUAAAGUGGAAGUUCAUCAGCGAUGGCUCUGUGAAUGGAUGGGGAUGGCGAUUCACUGUUUACCCUAUCAUGCCAGCUGCAGGCCCUAAAGACCUUCUCUCAGAUCGUUGCAUUCUUUCAUGUCCCUCAAUGGAUUUGGUUACGUGUUUGUUGGAUUUUCGCUUAAAUUUUGCUUCCAACAGGAGUAUAGUUCCUCGCUUGGCAGCUUCUCUUGCAGCUUGUGCUCAACUGAGUGCCUUAGCUGCUGGCCACAGAAUGUGGGCCUUGCAGAGGCUACGGAAACUCCUCACAACAGAGUUUGGCCAGUCUAUUAACAUCAACCGGAUUCUAGGGGAUAAUGAUGGAGAAACACGAGCUUUGAGUUUCACAGGGAGUGCUUUAGCUGCUUUGGUUAAAGGUCUUCCAGAAGCUUUGCAGCGACAGUUUGACUAUGAAGAUCCCAUUGUGAGAGGUGGCAAACAACUGCUCCACAGCCCUUUCUUUAAGGUGCUUGUGGCUCUUGCUUGUGAUCUGGAGUUGGACACUCUCCCUUGCUGUGCAGAGACACACAAAUGGGCCUGGUUCAGGAGAUACUGUAUGGCAUCCAGGGUUGCUGUGGCUCUUGAUAAAAGGACACCAUUACCUCGCCUUUUCCUCGAUGAGGUGGCAAAGAAAAUCCGAGAAUUAAUGGCAGAUAACGAAAAUAUGGAUGUUCUUCAUGAGUGCCAUGAUGUCUUUAAGAGAGAACAGGAUGAACAGCUUGUCCAGUGGAUGAAUAGACGACCUGAUGAUUGGACACUUUCAGCUGGAGGCAGUGGAACUAUUUAUGGUUGGGGUCAUAAUCACAGAGGACAACUUGGUGGGAUUGAAGGGGCAAAAGUCAAAGUCCCAACUCCGUGUGAAGCUCUUGCUACCCUCAGACCGGUGCAGUUAAUUGGUGGUGAACAAACUCUGUUUGCAGUGACUGCUGAUGGGAAACUGUAUGCCACCGGAUACGGAGCAGGUGGUAGGCUUGGAAUUGGAGGAACAGAGUCAGUUUCUACUCCAACUUUACUGGAAUCCAUUCAACACGUGUUUAUAAAGAAAGUUGCGGUGAACUCAGGAGGAAAGCACUGUUUGGCAUUGUCUUCUGAGGGAGAAGUUUAUUCUUGGGGUGAAGCAGAAGAUGGUAAACUUGGUCAUGGAAACCGAAGCCCUUGUGAUCGUCCUCGCGUAAUUGAAUCCCUGAGAGGUAUAGAAGUGGUUGACAUUGCUGCUGGGGGAGCACACAGCGCAUGUAUUACAGCCGCAGGAGACCUUUUUACAUGGGGAAAGGGGAGAUAUGGACGCCUUGGGCAUGGAGAUAGUGAGGACCAACUAAAACCUAAACUGGUGGAAGCUCUCCAGGGCUACCGUGUGAUUGACAUAGCCUGUGGCAGUGGAGAUGCACAGACACUGUGCCUGACUGAUGAUGAUACAGUCUGGUCCUGGGGUGAUGGAGAUUAUGGAAAACUUGGGAGAGGAGGCAGUGAUGGUUGUAAAGUACCAAUGAAGAUUGAUUCCCUCACAGGCCUUGGAGUGGUUAAAGUAGAAUGUGGAUCACAAUUUUCUGUGGCUCUUACCAAAUCUGGAGCAGUAUAUACGUGGGGCAAAGGAGAUUAUCAUCGGUUAGGCCAUGGAUCUGAUGACCAUGUUAGAAGACCACGACAAGUACAGGGACUGCAAGGAAAGAAAGUCAUUGCAAUUGCUACUGGGUCUUUGCACUGUGUUUGCUGCACUGAAGAUGGGGAAGUGUAUACAUGGGGAGAUAAUGAUGAAGGGCAGCUUGGAGAUGGAACAACUAAUGCCAUCCAAAGGCCACGCUUGGUUGCAGCACUUCAGGGUAAAAAGAUCAACAGAGUAGCCUGUGGCUCAGCACAUACUUUAGCUUGGUCAACCAGUAAACCUGCUAAUGCUGGCAAGCUCCCUACACAGGUUCCUAUGGAGUAUAAUCACCUGCAGGAAAUUCCCAUCAUUUCAUUGAGAAACAGGCUUCUGCUGUUGCAUCACAUUUCUGAACUCUUCUGUCCUUGCAUUCCAAUGUUUGAUCUUGAAGGAAGACUUGAUGAAACUGGCCAAGGACCCUCAGUUGGGUUUGACACGUUACGGGGAAUACUGAUAUCACAGGGAAAGGAGGCAGCUUUCAGAAAAGUUGUGCAAGCAACUAUGGUGAGAGACCGUCAGCAUGGGCCAGUUGUAGAGCUCAACAGAAUACAGGUAAAACGUUCUAGGAGUAAAGGAGGACUGGCUGGGCCUGAUGGUACAAAGUCAGUGUUUGGACAGAUGUGUGCUAAAAUGAGUUCCUUUAGCCCUGAUAGCCUUCUGCUUCCUCAUCGUGUUUGGAAAGUCAAGUUUGUUGGUGAAUCUGUGGAUGAUUGCGGUGGAGGUUAUAGUGAAUCAAUAGCAGAAAUGUGCGAGGAGCUUCAGAAUGGGCUAACCCCUCUGUUAAUUGUGACACCAAAUGGAAGAGAUGAAUCUGGAGCAAACAGAGAUUGUUUCCUAUUAAAUCCUGCUGCCAAGUCCCUCUUGCAUAUGAACAUGUUUCGUUUUCUUGGUGUACUUUUGGGCAUUGCUAUCCGGACUGGCAGCCCUCUGAGCCUCAACCUGGCUGAGCCAGUGUGGAAACAGCUUGCAGGAAUGAACCUAACAAUUGCUGAUCUCAGUGAGGUUGAUAAAGAUUUUAUUCCUGGGCUUAUGUACAUUCGAGACAAUGAAGCUACUUCAGAAGAGUUUGAAGCUAUGAGCCUCCCAUUCACUGUGCCUAAUGCAAGUGGUCAAGAUAUUCAGUUGAGUUCCAAGUAUACCCAUAUUACACUGGAUAAUAGAGCUGAGUAUGUGAGGCUGGCAAUAAACUACAGACUUCAUGAAUUUGACGAACAAGUUGCAGCAGUUCGUGAGGGGAUGGCCCGUGUUGUUCCAGUUCCUCUGCUUUCGCUAUUUACGGGAUAUGAACUGGAAACUAUGGUAUGUGGAAGCCCAGAUAUUCCACUUCACCUUCUGAAAUCUGUAGCGACUUACAAAGGCAUUGAACCAACUGCUUCCUUGAUACAGUGGUUCUGGGAAGUGAUGGAAUCCUUCUCCAAUACAGAGCGAUCUCUCUUCCUGCGUUUCGUUUGGGGCAGAACAAGGCUGCCCAGGACUAUUGCAGACUUUAGAGGGAGGGACUUUGUUAUUCAGGUAUUGGAUAAAUACAAUCCUCCAGACCACUUCCUUCCUGAGUCAUACACUUGCUUCUUUCUCCUGAAGCUGCCCAGGUAUUCCUGUAAGCAAGUACUAGAGGAAAAACUGAAGUAUGCCAUUCACUUCUGCAAGUCUAUAGACACUGAUGAUUAUGCCCGGAUAGCGCUGACAGGAGAGCCAGCGGCGGAUGACAGUAGUGAUGAUUCUGAUAAUGAAGAUGCAGAUUCUUUUGCUUCAGAUUCUACGCAGGACUACUUAACAGGACAUUAAAAAAAUAAUAUAAGGGGUAGUUGUCGCAAGCACUGAGGCAAAACGCCAAAAUGACAAUGAAGCCAAGGACAGUUUAGGUCUCAGAAUAUAGAGUGCGUAGUCAGAGGGAUGGUAAUCUUCGGAACAUGGGGGAAGUGUGUUUGCUACUCACAGUAGGAAUUAAGGGUUACAACCUAAACCAUCAGCUUAGAAUAAAUGGCACAGUAUGUGGGCAUUUAACAUUUAUUUUAAGAGCUGAAAGUGGCCCCCCAUAAUGCUGCACUACAUUUAGAACCUUUGUGUUUACUGAAGUGUUGUAAAUGUUUAUAUAAAGAUGGUAGUGCAGCAUCCAAAAGGCACUGAAGCCUUCAAAUUGUGGGUGCAAUAGGUUUUUUUUCAUAUUAAGUGUUGUGUUCUGUGCAUCUUCUUGAUUGUAUAUUGGAAAUACUGUGCAACAACUGAAUAGUAUUAUAAAUAUUUCAAUUAACUUUACUAGAAGUUUGUUAAAAAUUUUUGAACAUUGAAUUAACAUUAUUCCUUGAAAUUCUUCUAUAGAUAAUAAAAAUGGCCAAUAGUUUCACCUCCACCCCUGGUUUGUAUAUUUUAGCUUAUGCAUUAUUUAUCUCAAAUUUGAUACCUUUCUGUGAACAGCAUCAUAAUUCUUAUCAUGGAAAGUGUACUGUAUAUAAUUUGUGCCAUGUAAAUGCAAAAGUUAUAAUUUCCCUCCGAAUAAAAGUUCUGCCACAGAAAAAAA